AGAGUUGCUAAUUUCUCAGAACAUUCGACCCACACUCAAGGCAUCACUGUUGGGGUCCAGAACAGGAGAGCGUGGAUUGGGUAGAUAGAUGCACACGGCGCAGCUUGAGUACUGAUGCAUACGUUGCUGAAGGAAGGAAUUUAAAUGGUCCUAUUUAAAACAAUUUUCUGCAAUACAUCUGAUUAUACAGAUUAUACUACUCAGUGGACAUGUCAUCACCUUCAGGUCAGAAACCAGCUCUCAAGACAGCGGGUUCAGGGCAAAGCAGGUUUCAGGUGACAGAGGUAACGGAGUUAGGACCCGUCACAUCUGGAGAGCGCACGUCAGGAGGGACUGAUGGAACUACGGGUAUGGCUGGCAGUAAGGGGUCGGCAGGUGGAGAGGAGUCCAAAGGGAGAUUUAGCGUAGUCAAGUUUCUUGAUUCAGGUGGAAUAGGGACGGACGCAUCUGAUGUGGCUCAGAAUGGUGACACUGUCAGGAGCACGGGCAGCCAUCGUUCGUCCGCAAGCGGUCAUACUAACAUUUCAGAUACCCACUCAAAUACGUAUUAUAUGCGAACAUUUGGCCAUAACACAAUUGAUGCUGUCCCAAACAUCGAUUUCUACCGACAAACAGAAGCGCCUCUUGGAGAUAAGUUGAUACGGCCAACUCUUUCGGAGCUACACGAUGAGCUUGACAAGGAGCCAUUGGAUGAGGAUGGCUUUCCUAUUGGGGAGGAGUCUACUCUUGCUGAGGAGGCUGCAGCCAAAGAAGGAACAAAGGAACAAGCAAAGGGAGGAACCAUCAAGUUUGGCUGGGUCAAAGGUGUCCUGAUACGUUGCAUGUUGAACAUCUGGGGUGUGAUGCUCUUUAUUCGCAUGUCGUGGAUCGUGGGGCAGGCAGGCAUUGGUCUGACAUGUGUUAUUAUUCUGAUGGCAACAGUUGUAACCACCAUCACUGGACUCUCCACCUCAGCCAUAGCAACCAAUGGGUUUGUGCGAGGAGGUGGAGCAUAUUACCUCAUAUCAAGGAGUUUGGGCCCUGAAUUUGGCGGCUCCAUUGGUCUCAUCUUCGCCUUUGCUAAUGCUGUGGCUGUGGCCAUGUAUGUUGUGGGCUUUGCUGAAACUGUCGUUGAGAUGCUUAAUGAUGUAGAUGCCCUGAUGACAGAUGAACUCAAUGACGUCCGUAUAGUGGGCACCCUCACUGUCAUCCUGCUUCUGGGCAUCUCAGUGGCAGGGAUGGAGUGGGAGGCGAAGGCCCAGAUUGUGUUGUUGAUCAUUCUUUUGGCCGCCAUCUUCAACUAUUUCAUCGGAACCGUCAUCACCAUGGAGUCAAAAGAGCCCAAAGGCUUCUUUGGCUACAAAGCGGCUAUCAUGAUGGAGAACAUGGGACCGGAUUUCCGAGACGGCGAGACGUUCUUUUCCAUGUUUGCCAUUUUCUUUCCGGCUGCAACAGGCAUCCUGGCAGGUGCCAACAUCUCAGGAGACCUUACAGAUCCUCAGUCAGCCAUUCCAAAGGGCACUCUUUUGGCCAUCCUUAUAACUGGAAUUACUUAUGUGGCAGUGACUGUUUCUACUGGAUCUUGUAUCCUUAGAGACGCCACUGGCGAUCACAAUGAUACCUCCAGUGUCAGUGACUUGAACUGCACGGAUGCUGCCUGCACACUUGGUUAUGACUUCUCGAUUUGUAAGGAAGGAGGCUGCAAGUUUGGGCUUAUGAACGAUUUCCAAGUCAUGAGUUUGGUGUCUGGGUUUGGACCUCUGAUCACUGCUGGUAUUUUCUCGGCCACGCUGUCAUCCGCCCUGGCUUCCCUCGUCAGUGCCCCAAAAGUCUUCCAGGCUUUGUGCAAGGACAACAUCUACCCAGGCCUCCAUGUCUUUGCUAAGGGAUAUGGAAAGAACAAUGAACCUUUACGGGGCUAUGUCCUCACCUUCUGUAUUGGUCUGGCCUUCAUUCUUAUUGCUGAGCUGAAUGUCAUUGCUCCCAUCAUUUCAAACUUCUUUCUGGCCUCAUAUGCCUUGAUAAAUUUUUCUGUGUUCCAUGCAUCUCUGGCCAACUCUCCAGGAUGGCGGCCAAGCUUCAAAUAUUUCAAUAAGUGGGUCUCGCUGGCUGGAGCCGUGCUUUGUUGUGCUGUCAUGUUUGUUGUAAACUGGUGGGCCGCCCUUAUGACCAAUAUCAUUGUCUUGGCUCUCUAUGUAUAUGUCAGCUAUAAGAAACCAGAUGUUAACUGGGGCUCCUCUACUCAAGCCUUGAUCUAUAACCAUGCCCUGACACACUGCCUCCUUCUCACCGGUGUAGAGGACCACGUCAAAAACUUCAGACCCCAGUGUCUGGUGAUGACUGGAUACCCCAAUGCCCGGCCUGCUUUACUCCAUCUGGUAAACGCAUUCACUAAGAACGUAGGCCUUAUGGUGUGUGGCCACGUCCGCACGGUGUCCCGUCGGCCAAACUUCAAGGAGAUGUCUCUUGAUCAUGCCCGCUACCAGCGCUGGCUGCUGAAGAACCGCAUCAAGGCCUUCUACACCCCUGUGUUUGCUGAAGACCUGAGACAUGGAGCUCAAUACCUUUUACAGGCUACAGGUUUGGGGCGUUUGAAGCCCAACACACUUGUGAUGGGCUUUAAGAACAACUGGAGUGAUGGCGAGAUGAAAGAUGUGGAAAUGUAUAUCAACAUCAUCCAUGAUGCCUUUGACUUGCAGCAUGGUGUUGUCAUCAUCAGACUACAAGAGGGUCUUGAUAUCUCCCAUAUUCAAGACCCAGAUGAGCUCCUGUCAUCCCAUGAGAAGAAGGACGCGGGUAUGAAGGAUGUUGUGGUGUCUGUCAACAUGGUUGGUAAAGACUCCGAGGACAGUAACUCCUUUCCUCCAUCCCUGAUCACCAGUGCUCAAAACAGCCCUCUCAUUCUCAGAGAGACGAAGAGAAGUGCUAAGCCACUGAGCCUCACAGACCAAAGGCUUCUGGAGGCCAGCCAGCAGUUCAAGAAGAAGCAGUGCAAAGGCACAGUGGAUGUGUGGUGGCUGUUUGAUGAUGGAGGCUUGGCUCUGUUGAUUCCAUACUUGCUCACGGAAAAAAAGAAGUGGAAGGACUGCAAAAUCCGUCUUUUUAUUGGUGGGAAGAUCAACAGGAUUGACCAUGAUCGCAGGGCAAUGGCUGCUCUACUCAGCAAGUUCAGGAUAGAUUUCUCUGCGAUCUAUGUGCUCGGGGACAUCAACACUAAGCCAAAGAAACACAAUGUGCUUAGCUUUGAGGAGAUGAUCGAGCCAUAUAAGCUAAAGGAGGACGACAUGGAGCAGGAGGCUGCAGAAAGGUUGAAGGCUGAGGAGCCUUGGAGGAUCUCAGACAACGAGCUGGAGCUCUACAGGGCCAAGACUAACCGACAGAUCAGAUUGAAUGAAUUGCUGAAAGAACACUCAAACUCAGCAAAACUCAUCGUUAUGAGCAUGCCAUUGGCCCGGAAGGGAACGGUGUCCAGUGCCCUCUACAUGUGCUGGUUGGAGACCCUGUCGAAAGACCUGCCUCCUAUUCUCCUAGUGCGAGGCAACCACCAGAGUGUCCUUACUUUUUACUCUUAAAAUUCCUUGCACUCUCCAUUUAACUGACCAAAACUGUUAUAUUAGGAAUUUAUAGAACGGGGGGGGGGGGGGGAUUAAAGAGUGUGCUUAAAGUGCAUGGGGAUAUUAUGGAACUAAUUGUGUACUAAUUGCAUUCUCUUUACAUCAAGUAUUAGUAGAAGUAGGCUAAAGUACCAUAAAUGGUCUGUCAUAACAAUUCACAAGUACAGUAGGCCUAAUUGUAAUGUCACAUAACAAUACUGCGGAGUGUCUAAAUAAACACAUUUUGCUAAUCUAUGUAGUUAUACACUAGUCUGGGUACCUGUCUUUUUAGCUAUCAUUCCAGUCAUUGCCACUCCUUCCCCCCCCCCCCCCCCCCCCCCCUAGCUAACCACACCUGUACUGAGAUUUGGCAUAUGACAUGGAGUACAAAGAGUGUAGUGUAACCUAAACAGACUAGUACCCAGGCUAGUUACACAUGUAGAAUGCAGUAGGUCGCAUCCUCUUGGAGCCUCAAGACUUGUGUUCAAUGCUGUGGUGAACUAAAUUAUUCCAUGAUAAAAUCACACACCAGUUAGCUGACUUGAAUGCAGUCAGAAGUGUUUUGAUUUGUUUUGAUUUAUAUAUAAUGCUUAUUUUAAAUUACAUUUAGUCAACUAAUAUGUAAGGGAUGGGGGGAUAUAACAGGCCAAUGAGAAAUUGUUGUGGCUGUUUGUCUUUAUGUAUUAUUUGACACCGGUUGGUUUUCAUUGCCCCCUUGAUGACGAUAGCUAGAUUGUUAGUAUUAUCUGAGAUUGAAAUAUUUUCAUUUUACAUUGUGUUUCUUAAAAAUGUUAAAUAUUUGUUUGGUCAAUAAUUAAGCUUCCAUUACAUUUUUUUGUAUCUGAACAAUGGUUGUUUUCUGUGUGUUGUCUUGUCUUUUUGAUGACAGUCGAUACAUUUUUUAUUUAAAAGGUAAAACAAUCUUUAAAAGCAAAGCCUCUAUAUUCUAAAAUAACAUUGUUAUAGCCUAUUUUGUACAUUAUGAAAUUAACAUCAACCACAAACAGUCAGUAGCCUAUUGUGUGAUUUGUAAUCUGGUUAGGCCACAAAAUAAAUCAUGCUCACUUGCAA